CAAUCGAAGUCAUCAUGCAAUAGUUUGCAACGAUCUAUACACCAAAAUGUUGUCUCCUGUGGUUUUCCUAUAUUUAUUUGUGACCCCGUACGCAUUAGGCAAUGAUCUGUCAUCUCGAAUCUUGUUUGGCCAGAGAGCAAAUAUAAAAGAAUUUCCAUACUUCGCUGCUCUUCAGGAAUGUGGUGCCGUCAUCAUUUCGGAUUCUUGGCUCGUCACAACCGCGCAUUGCGUUGCUUUUAAUGACCAUAAAUUUGGCACUGUCUGGGUAGGAGGAAACAAUGCUAAAACCAGCAAACAAGUCACAUACGACACGGUCGUAAUUCACCCUGAAUUUAAUAUUGCCGACCAAUUUCUUAGCAACGACAUUGCUCUUCUAAGACUAUCUGAGCCCUUGACUUUUAGCCAUACAAUUCAACCCGUUGGAUUACCGCAUGAUGAUAACAAAGGAUAUUACGGAAGUGAUCAGUAUGUAGGAGUUACACAUACUGUUGCUGGGAAAGGAAUGCGUGAGGGAAACUUGUUGAAAGUAGAUGUCAUGCCUAUUAGCACGGAAGAAUGUCUGAGUCACUUAAGUCUUGCAGCACGGAUAUACAUGUAUAAGUAUAGGUACAGACUACAUGAAUACAUCUGUGCUACACGGGAGACCCACAAUGAUUAUGAGCACGACAUGCCCGGCUUGAGCCAGGGUGCCUCCGGUAGUCCUCUCGUGCACCAAGGCGAGCUUGCGGGUCUGGCAGUUGCGGUCAACGAUCCUUGGCAAUCAAAUCUCUUUACAUUUAUCAAGAUCACAAGACAUACGGAAUGGAUCCGAUUCAUUACUGGAAUCAGAUCAGAUCAUCCGGGAGAUUCGACUACUAAUGAACCUGCUGAAGAAUAUGAGGGCAUGUGGAAUGAUGACUAAUUUUAUUAACCAUAAGUAUAUUUUUUACAUACUUAUAUUUUGACUCUUAACAUUAUUUUGUAUUAUUAUGGGAAUUGGGCACUAUAUGUGAAUAAACUUAAAUGUUUUUUCCUGG